AUGGCAGAGGAGGUAUGGGUGGGCACCUGGAGGCCCCAUCGUCCCCGGGGGCCCAUCAUGGCCCUCUACACCAGUCCUGGACCCAAGUACCUGAUUCCACCUACCACGGGCUUUGUGAAGCACACACCCACCAAGCUUCGAGCACCGGCCUACAGCUUCCGUGGGGCCCCCAUGCUCUUGGCGGAGAAUUGCUCCCCAGGGCCCCGCUACAGUGUGAACCCCAAGAUCCUGAGGACUGGCAAGGACCUUGGCCCUGCCUACUCCAUCCUGGGGCGCUACCAUACAAAGACCUUGCUGACCCCCGGCCCGGGUGAUUACUUUCCAGAGAAAUCUACCAAGCAUGUGUUCGACUCAGCACCCAGCCAUUCCAUUUCUGCCCGGACUAAGACCUUCCGAGUGGACAGCACCCCAGGCCCUGCCGCAUACAUGUUGCCUGUGGUGAUGGGGCCCCACACGGUGGGCAAGGUCUCCCAGCCCUCCUUCUCCAUCAAGGGCCGCAGCAAGCUGGGCAGCUUCAGCGAUGACCUGCACAAGGCAAGGACUCCAGGUCCUGCAGCGUACCGUCAGACUGAGGUUCAAGUGACCAAGUUCAAGGCUCCACAGUACACCAUGGCUGCCCGUGUGGAGCCCCCAGGGGAUAAGACCAUGAAGCCAGGACCAGGAGCCCAUAGCCCUGAAAAGGUGACCCUGAACAAGCCCUGUGCCCCGACAGUCACCUUUGGCAUCAAGCAUUCUGACUACAUGACACCCCUGGUGGUUGAUGUGGAAUAGCUCCUGCUCUCCAUCCCAUCAGUCUGUGACUAGAUCCUCCCACAGCAAUGUGCUGGGCUGGCAAUGAUUGGGCACUUCACCAAUGGGGGCCGCUGCCAGCCUGGGCCUGCAUCACAGAGCACGCUAGUUUGGACGGUUUUGACAAGUUAUUUUUUUCUAUGCUAUCUCUUGUUUGUUAAUCUUGUUUCUUGCCAUGUCCAAAUUAUUAAAUAAACCACAGAUUGCAUUCGCAA